GUCACCACGAUGGAUGUCAAACCGUCCAACGUGGCUCCUCGCGGCAAGGAUCCGGCAAUUGGAGUGUACUACAAGCUUGCCCUCUUCUCCUUCUUCAUCUUUGCCGCUCCUCUCACCGCCUACUACGUCUCCAUCACUCACCUGUCCAAAGAUAAUACGACAUUUGCGGGAGGCAUAGCAGCGUUGGUGGUCAACAUUGUCCUUGUUGCCUACAUCGUCGUGGCCUUCUUGGAGGAU